AUGCUGGUAAUCAAACACAGAAGGCGACGCCGCCGCCGAAAACAGAGGAAGAGCCUCACCGCCGGCAGCAGCGGUUCCCGUUCGAUACGUUCAUCUCCAGCGAGAGAAGAGUGCCGAACGCAUCCGACCCACUUCACAACCGCUGAUUUCCUACGUGCCCAAGAUUUGCCGGAAAGUGAAAAAGGAAGGGGGAAAAAAAGGGGCCGGUUGGAGGUUUUUGGUCGGUCGGUAGUCGGUACCGUUGGUUCCUCUGCUUUUUUCUGUUUGUCAACGACGAUGACGUGGAGGUUUGAAAUAAUUUACCUUCGAUCGGUGGCUCCACGUUUAUCCCAGCCGUUGAUUUUUCUACUAUUAUGGCCGACCUUUCUCGUUUGGCCGGAGGAUCUCUCUUCAAUCUUCUUUUGA